AGUUCCCUGUAGCCAGAAGUCAGAUUCUGCUUGAAGAGGACAGAAGCAGCAGAAGACCUCAUCCAUCUGAUCUGCAGGUGAACGCAGGUUCUCCAGGAGGACAGGUGAGUGGAACAUGUGAUGAUGGAAACCGCUGUAACGUUUCUGCUGCUGAGGCACUAAUCACCUGCCAUACACACCAACACACCCACCGACACACACACACACACACACACACACUGGAACACAGCAGCGGGAAACGGCAGAUCGGUCGCUGGUCUCAGAUCUGCGGAUUCUGGUGGAUAACGGAGGCUGAACCGGAGCACCGGGAGCCGAACCGGGACUGGACUGAGCCGCAGUGUGCCGGAGCGGCCAGCGGUGUGUCGGUGUGACGCUCUGCGGUUCCGGUUCUGCUGCAAAGAACGUGACGAGAAUCACAGCGGAUCGGUGGAGUGAGGUUGAUGAGGAUGAUGAUGAUGAUGACCGCCUCAGAGAAGAUGAAGAAGAAGCCUCCGAAGGACAGUCUGACUCUGCUGCCAUGCUUCUACUUUGUGGAGCUGCCCAUCGUGGCAUCUUCCAUGGUGUCGCUGUACUUCCUGGAGCUGACCGACGUGGUCCAACCCGCUCAGAUGGGUUUCCGCUGCCACGACCGAGACCUGAGCAUGCCGUACGUGGACGGGGGAGACGAGCUGAUCCCGCUGCUAAUGCUGCUGAGCCUCGCCUUCGCCGGCCCGGCCGCCUCGAUCAUGCUGGUGGAAGGAGUGAUCUACUGCCUGCAGUCCAGACUGAAGCUACGCAGAGCUGAAGGAAGCAUCAACGCAGGAGGCUGCAGCUUCAACUCCUUCCUGAGGAGGACGGUCCGCUUCGUAGGUGUGCACGUGUUCGGUCUGUGUGCGACGGCGUUGCUCACUGACGUCAUCCAGCUGUCGACAGGUUACCACGCUCCGUUCUUCCUCACUGUCUGUAAGCCCAACUACACACUGGCCGGCGUGUCAUGUGAUAAAAAUGCUUACAUCACUAAAGACAUCUGCUCAGGACACGACCAGCACGCCAUCAUGGCCGCCAGGAAGACGUUUCCUUCCCAGCAUGCAACUUUGUCUGCCUUCGCUGCCGUUUAUGUUUCUAUGUACUUUAACUCCACCAUCUCUGACAGCACCAAGCUGCUGAAGCCCGUCCUCGUGUUCGCCUUCGCCAUCGCGGCGGCGCUGACGGGUCUGACUCAGAUCACGCAGCAUCGCAGCCAUCCCAUCGACGUCUAUGUGGGCUUCCUCAUCGGAGCCUUCAUCGCUGCUUACCUGGCACUUCACGCUGUCGCCAACUUUAAGUCCUCUGAUGACAUCACACCGCCUCCACCUCCCCCGCCACCAAAGGAGGACCCUCUCCGAGCGCUGACGGAGCGAGGACACGAGUCCGUCUACAACAAGGGCCCGGCCUCCGCCUCGGAGAGUAAUGAUGAGAUUGCAGUGGCUCCUGCCCCCAUGGACCGACUGGAGGGCCUCGGGCCCCUGCAGAGGGAGAAGGGCUCCAUGGGGAGCUUGAAGAGGGCCAGUGUGGAUGUGGAGCUGCUGGCACCUCGGAGCCCGAUGGGGAAGGAGACCAUGCUGACCUUCAGUAACACACUACCGAGGGCCAGCAUGAAUGUUAACGGGGUGUUGGGGGCCAACGAAGGGCCAGAGGAGCCGGUGCAGCCAGUGCAGGCGGUGCAGCCGGUGCAGCCGGUGCAGCGACGUCUGAAGGCCGUGCAGGUUCCCAUGGACCCUAUGCGGUCACAGCAGCUGGUGUCGGAGUGGAAGCAGAAGUCGAUGGAGAUGCGGAGCCUGAGCGUCCGGGACGAGGCGGAGCGCGAAGCCAGCGAGGACGGCUCUGAAGUGGGCUCUGUUGGUACCGAUGAUGGGGCUCAGGUCCCCAUCUACCAGCCUGCAGUGCAGUCUGGGAGGGCCAACUCCAGUCGCAACCCCACUCCACCUCCAGGGGGUGCCAAAGCUGUGGCGACUCCCAGACCGCCACAGAUCCCUGAGGCCGGACCCCCACCAGUGUCCCCAAAGAGUGCCCUGACCCGCGCCAAGUGGCUUGCCAUCCGGGAGAAGACAGGCGUGGAGGUGUCGGCCCGUGGCGCCGCCAACCAGCCACGCCUGAUGCAGGUGAUCGCCAUGUCGAAGCAGCAGGGCCUACUGCCGUCCUCCUCCUCUGGAGAGAAAUCCUCUGAGACCACCUCCACCUGCUCUGGCACCUCCUCCACUGCUGACUCGCCACACUACCGCCCAUCCUCGGACCACCAGAGGGAAGGUUCUGGUAUCAUCACGGUAGACGCUCACGCCCCCCACCAUCCUGUUGUCCAAGCCCCACCCCCUCCACAGGCCCCGCCCCUUGCAGGCAAGAAUAACCCAUGGGAAUGGGCGGCGGCGUCCAAUGGUGGGGACCCACGAGACACCUACGAUCUGAACAACUUAAACCGAGGAGACUCAGCCGCCCGUGGCAGCAGCUUCCAUCCACGCCGGUCCGCCUCACCAUGUACCGCCCUUGAUGCGGCCCCAAUCCCUCCUCAGGUGGAGAUGUCUGCUGAUGCUCAGCGCAGGGAGAUGGCCAUGAGACGCAAAACAGCACUGGUUCUGUUGGAUCGAGAGAUUCGUAACCAGACUGAGCAGGAGAACUAUUAUAAGAGUCUGCAGGGACGCAGGUUCAAGGACUAAUCUCUAACCUUUCGAAACAAGCCUUAUUCACAAACUCACUAACAGCGGCAAGGACGCACCGGUACGCAUUUAUUGGGCUUCAUGUAACAAAGGAACAGCUGCAAGAAACCAUCGAGGCUCAACUCUCUGGACAGUUUUCACUCCACAGGAACAACGUUUGUCAGAGUCUAGGGGGCUGCAGUGUCCGUCCUGUCCGCCACAGACGGGCUCAUCAUGGACAUACGUGUAUUAUAGGAAUUAUUCAGUUCAAGCACAUUUCACACGCAAACUUUACAUUUAGAAAACACGUAAAAAGUCGAUGACGGGGAGUCAGUUGGAGUCCUGCAGGGUGGGAGGUUCUGUAGACAGUGAAACUGUUCUGGUUCUCCCAUGACUGUUCAGAAUCAGCAACAUGUUAAUCAACUGAAGCACAACGGCCCAAAGUCUGGUUCUUCUGCUGGGUUUAUUUAGUUACCUCGCAUGAAGAGUUCUGUCAGGAGGUCCAGGUGGUUUUAUCAAACCUCAGCCUAGUGUACAGACAGGCUGUGCUCAGUGCUGAGGUUUCUCUGUUCUCCACCCUCCCAGUGUUCUGUCCACCGAAUCCAGUUCAGGAGGUCCACUUCCUCCCGAGUCCAUCCUAGUGUCUGAUUGUUCUUUUACCAGAUCGCCACAGAACCAACGGGACCAACCUGAAGAACUUGAAGUUAAAGAGCACAGAGAUGAUUGUAGAUGUUGGCUCUGUAAGCAGCACAACUGGAACCCUGCAGCAGAACCAGAAACCUGCAACAGAACCUGAACCCUGUGGCAGAACUUAGCCCUGCAGCAGAACCGGAACCCUGCAACACAACUUGAAUCCUGCAACACAACCUGAAUCCUGCAAUAGAACCAGAACCCUACAAUCGUACCAGAACCCUGCAAUAGAACCAUAACCCUACAAUAGUACCAGGACCCUGCAAUAGAACUAGAACCCUGCAAUAGAACCCGGACCCUGUGGAGCUCCUACGUUAGGAACCUCAGUGAGGAUUGGCGGCCAUGUUGGCGCUCUCAGACCGUAGAUUUCCCGGUUGCGUGUUGUCGCCUCUCCGUUGUGAUGGCUCGGUUGCUAUAGUGAUUCUCAGCAUGUUUGUUUGUUUGUGUGCUGCUCUCAGAUCGGUGGAGGUUGUGAGUCUGUUCGGAGUGUUGUGUUUCUGUGUGAGUGUGCAUUUAUUACCGAUGGACCAACAUGAGAUUAAAGAUUUCUGCGCUUCAGAAUUUAAAGAGGAACUCACUGAUUCUGUUUCAGUGCCCUUAAGUCUGCAAAGUCAACUCGUUUAUGGCUGUGGUGCAGUGUUUUUAUCAUUUUUAAAAAAAAAAAAAGAUUAUGUACAUUUUAGAUUCAGUAUUAAAAAUGCACAAAGGAGUAUUAUGGCCACCAUUUGGGAGAAAAUAGUAUGUUUCAAACUGAAUGUGAGCAGAAUGUUGGACUACAUGAAUCCUGUUGGUCUCUGGUUGUUUACAAUGAGGUUCUCUUGCUGUUUUUCUCCCCACAAUGGCUCCAGUACUCUUAGAACCAUAAAAGAACCAUCGCUGCUGCUUUCUGAUAGCCUAGCCGCGCUAGACCCAUGUUCUGAAGGCACAAGGGUCUAGGGAAGCUCGACAGGGAGGGAGGCGGGCUAAAAGGUUGUCUUUCAAAUCACUCUGCAGCAAUUGGGUAGGUAUACAACCAAUCAGCGCAACGAAUAGGCUGACGUAGUUCCUAGAGCGCCAGCGGAUUGUGACUAAGUCCCAUUAGCUUCCCAACCAGCGGAGCCAACUGGUAUAUGAAGGAAUUGCCAUAUCCCGUCGGCAUAAGUCCAAAUACGUCUUUCUUCUCAAUGAAACACUUCAGUGCCGUCCUUUGUUUAUCUUUCAAGUUGAAUUUUAGCUUCAAAUCUUUAAGGGCUGUGGCCAAAGCCGAAUCGAAAGAUAACUGUUUAUUGUGCGCCGGUUGUUUCUGUCAGAAUCGUCGCGCCUCUGUCGUCACUUCGUUACGCCCGCUUUCUGACUCUACACUUCAUGGUGAUUCGUCUGGCCAGUUUUAGGAGAAUCCAGCCUCGAGCCUUAUGGAGGGUAACUAGACCCACCCUGGCAGAGAAUUAAAUUCGUUGCCGUGGGUUGUCUACCGCGGCUAGGCUAGCUUUCUGAGGCUCUGAAACCCAAUCAGAGAGCAAAUCUGUAAAUAUGAAGUACUGAUGAGCCAAUAAUGGGUCUGUUACUGUGUCUGUGUUGUUGCAUGUGAUCCAGUCUGAGCUAAAGUCAGACGUCUCUUCAUCUCUGAGAUCCAGAGGUUCUUAAAUCCUUAAAGACUGACUCAGCAUUCCCAUUUGAAUGUAAAACCAUGAAGAAUCAUUAUUCUUGAAUCUGUACAUUUUGUGCUGCUAUAAAAAGAUUUGAAUCUGUUUUGGACUGAAGGAGAGUCCUGCAUGCUCUGUGGUCGUCAGGAUCAAAGCUCAAAUAAAAACCUGUUCUUCAUCA